AUGCCGGGCUUCAUGGACGGUGAAGGUGCUAAAGCUCGUCAGGUGGCCAUAAGAAAGAUUCUCGACGACAAGCAGUUUGGCGAAGACCCAGGGAAGAAUUGGAGCGAAUCGGAGAGCAGCGACGACGACAACGGGAAGGACGCUCCGAUGUCAAGUGGCAGCAGCAAUAAUGUGUCGGUAGAGGAGAGUACAGCUCCGUCGGACAUAGGCUCACAGGAGUCCGGAGAUGUCGAUUCCGGAGAUGUCGAGUCCGGAGAUAUCGUGUUCGCAAAGGAAAUACGGGAAGCAACAUUCGGGGGAGGGGGAGCGGGCAGAAAAAAAAACCAUGGCAAGCGGAAGGCGAGCGCCGGCGGCAGCGCCGUAGGGAACAUGAACUCAACAAAGGCAAGCCUAGGAGCGAGUGCCAAGAAAGCCCGGGGCAAGGACUACCCGCUCUGGGCCGCACAUCUGCUGAGGAGGACAUGCGCGCACCGCAAGAUCCCGAGGAUGUCGAAGGAGGGCGACAAGCAUGUCCUGGUGCAGGCCCUCCGAUCUCACGACGGCAACAUGAACCGGCCAUGUCCGUACUAUGACGACCUCAAUGCUAUCACAGCCGGCAAAUCUGGACGCAGAAACGGGGAGGAGGACGAGGAGGAGGGAGCCAUUCCUGCCAAAGCACUCCUUACGUUUCGAAAUGUUGUCGGGAUGGUCGCCAUAGCACGUGACAGUAACGUGCCGUUUCAAGUCGAUAAUGUGGAGUACAGUGUGGCGGACCUUUACGACGCCCUGGCCAAGGAAGACGAAGCGGGAAAGGGGGAUUCUGCGGGCGGGAGUACUCCCACUGGUGGUUCAUCGACGGGCGGUGCAGCCGGACCGGACGGGGAUGGUUCCGUCGGAGGGAGCGGCAGCAACACGGAGCGCAAGGGCCCACACUGCAUGAUGCGGCUCGUUGGGAUCCUGUGCGAAGACGCCAUCCGCCCACUUCUCAUAGAGAGCCGCUUGCAGGCGACCCGGCAGGACCUGGACACCUCAUCAGUCGGGCCGCGGAACGAAUUGUGGACAGAGGUCACCGCGCGCUUCCGAGACCCUGACCACCAGGUGAGAAAAAUCGUGGACGACGAGCAAGUGUCUCACGUCGACCCGAACAUCAUCCAGCAACCAAACAUCUCGGCGGAGAAGCUUUCCAGGAUGUGGGCUACGGCAAAGGCGAAGUGGAACCAGCCUUAUGCCAACUGGAAGAGUGAAUCCGGCAACAACCAGCCAUGGCUUUCAUUUUGUCAAGGGUGCACGGACACGUAUGUUCUCGGUUGCGCAAUCGAGAAAUACCCCGAGCUGAACCAAGUGUGCAACAAUCUCCUCCCCGAGGGCGCUCAGCGAGAGGACGACGGGACCGGAGAGGGCAUUGUCGGCACAGGCGGUGCCGACCGCCGGGCGGCCGCCAAGCGGGAGGGCGCCAGGCUCCACGAGCAGAACAGGCGGGGAAAAAAGCAAAAAAACAAGGGGGUGGGGCAAAGCGUGGCAGAGGCUACGUCCGCUGCCAUGAAAACCGCAAUCAAAGAUAUGGAGCCACUGCUGGAAAAGGUUGGCGGAUCAGAAAAAUCAGAGUGGUACAAAAAAAAAGAGGAACACGCUUGCAAGACUGCUGAACACGACAGCAAGGCUUCUGGCCUCGCCCUCCAGAAGGAAAUGACCGAGUCCCACGCCGAAUUCUCGAAGAAAAUUGUGGAGGAGGAGAAAGAAAAAGAAGCGGGUUAUCAGACGAGAGUUAGAUUCCUGCGCAAAAUGUUGGCCGGCAUCGAGAAGGAAAUGUUUGGCGACGAAUAA